AUGGGCCGAUUGCCCAAGACCGAUGACUUUCCGGACAGCGUCAAGCUGAACAUUGUGCCACCCCCCAAGAACGACCCCCCAACCAACAUCCUUCUCCUCCUCCACGGCCUCGGCGACACCGCCGCCCCCUUCACCGUCCUCGGCGGCCAACUAAAUCUCCCGGAAACCUGCUGCUUCUCGCUCCAAGGCCCCGCCACACUCCUCGACCUCGAAGGCUUCCACUGGGGCGACGACAUCAUCUUCGACUCGACCAAUGGCGGGCUAGACUCCGACGCGGGCUUCAACAAGACGAACGAGAUCCUGAAGAGCGUCGUGCAGGAUGUGCUCGUGGGCAAGUGCGGGUAUAGGGAGAGGGAGGUGUUGAUCUUGGGGUUCGGGCAGGGGGGCAUGGCCGCUUUGAACUACGCUGCAACCCACACCCCCAGCGAACUCAGCGGCAUCAUCUCCAUCGGCUCCGGCCUCCCCUCCAGCGCCCCCGCCUCCCUCACCCCAAAACUCCCCACGCCCGUCCUCAUCUGCGCAGGAGCCUCCCAAUCCGCCGUGACAUCCUCCUCCGAAGACAAACUCAAGCGCGUCUUCGAGCACGUCGAGAUCAAGCGCUAUCGCCGUCCGGGAGACAGUAUGCCGAGUAAUCGCGAUGAGAUGCUGCCGGUGAUGCGGUUCCUCUCGAGGCGGUUGAGGAGUAUGAAGGGUGUGCCGGACGGGACUGUGGAAAUCAAUUAA